GUCGCCGAAAAACACAACAACAGUCACCGUGCAAUUACGAGAGAACCCCCCUUGCAGCCUGUAUAUUGUGUGCUUCAGCCUGGACAUUGCGUGGUUGAUCUGAAAGGAGUUAUUAUUACUCGGAUAGAUAAAUCAAUCCUCCGCCUUUUGCCACCUGGUUGGGUGAGUUGGGAUAUCAACAACGUUUUAUUUUUUAUUUUGUUAUCAAAGAAAGAAAUUGUAUUGGGGAAAGGGGAAUAUAGGAACAAAGAAAGGAAGAAAAAGAUAUUAUUAUUAUUAUUAUUCGACGAUGAUCUCUACGCGCAAUCCGCUGCCCGAGAAGCCCCUGAACCGUGAAGCUCCCCUGCGUGAGCUGGUGUCUAGCUUCCUCACCCCGGCCCCAGAUGCCUACAACCGCAACCACAGCGCCAUCCCAGACCUCGACGCGGCCACCCAUGUCGUCUCCGUCGGUGGGGACGUCGCCAACCCUCUCCGCCUAUCCAUAGACCAGCUGCGCCAUGACUUCCCCCAGCAUGAGGUGCUGGCGGCUCUGCAGUGCGCCGGGAACCGUCGCCAUACCAUGCGCACCAAGCUCAAGGAGGUGGUGGGGCUGGACUGGAUGGAUGGCGCCAUUAUGAACUGCGCCUGGAGGGGUCCUAGGUUGCGCGAUGUGCUGCUCAAGGCUGGCGUGAAGGGAUAUACGACCAAUAGUGAUGAUGUUGCUGAGAAUACGAAGGGAAUGACUAAUGGCGCCGUUACCCGGCUUAAGGGGCUCAACGGCCAUUUUUGUAGUCAGAAGCUGCCCGAGAUGUAUGUUUCCUUUACCUGCGAUCAACUGCAGUGUGAAGAUGACAGCUACUAUGGCGCCAGCAUUGAGCUAUGGAGAGCCAUGGCCUUGGAUAGGGAGGUGAUUCUAGCCCUGGAGAUGAACGGCGAACCCCUUCAACCCGCCUACGGCUACCCCGUCCGCGUCGUUGCCCCCGGCGUCGCCGGCGCCCGCUGGGUAAAAUGGCUCGACACCAUCUCCGUCGGCCCCCACGAAUCCCCCAACUUCUACCAGCAGCACGACUACAAGAUCCUGCCCCCAGAAGCCACCACCUGGGAAAUCGCCGAGUCCUACUGGCCCAAGGUGCCCGCCAUGCAAUGCAUGCCCGUCAACUCCGUCGUCGCGGUCCCCGGUGACGACGAGACCGUCCGCCGCCCGCCCUCGGGCAAGCUAGAGGUGAAAGGCUUUGCUGUCCCGCACGGCGCUGAGGGCCCCGUGACGCGUGUUGAGGUUUCAGCCGACGGCGGGAAGACGUGGGUUGAUGCUGAGCUAAAUCAUGGCGCGGAGAGUUUUAAUAAGGGAGGAAGUAAGUGGGCGUGGGUGUUGUGGAGGGCGGAGGUGCCGGUGGAGAAGGGGCGGGAUUUGACGAUCUACAGUCGCGCGACGGAUGCGGGUGGGAAUACACAGCAGCAGACAUCGCCGUGGAAUUUGCGCGGGGUAGGAUAUUGUGGGUAUGGGGCGUCGUGGAAUGUCUCUGUGGUUUGAGCGUGUUCUGUUCCUUAUCUUUUCUUUCUUUCUUUCUUUCUUUUCUUUCUCUCUUUCUUUCUUCUCUUUAUGGUUGUUGCUUGGAGUUUGUCGGAUGCCCCUUUGCGCGUGCUUCUGGGUUUUCUUAUUGAUUACCCUGCCUCUCCUGCUCCUGUCCUUCCUUGUUCUGUUCCGUUUGUGAUGACCAAUGACCCCAGCCCGUGCCGUGCCAACUUUUUGCGCUCCCUUUUAGCCUUUCACGUUCUUUUUCACCUCAUAUUUCUAUUCUAUAUUUAUGGCUGUUCAACUACCUCCUCACCCCAGACUUCUUGCCCACUCUCCACUCAGUGAUGAAAAAAAAAAAAGAAAAAAAAAAAAA